AUGAGAUCAAUAUCGCAGUUGGGAAGAACAGCACCAGAGGAGCAUCAAGGUGCCGGUACGAAGACCAUUAAUAUGUUCAACAAGUUGCUCAGUCACAGCUCACGAUUUGUGAUGGAAGGAGUGAAGAAUUUGGUUCCCAAGAAACACAAUUUGCCUUUAACUAGGAUGGUUGACUCGUUGGUCACACCGCCAUCAUCUUCAACAGUAGGAAUCAAUCAGAUGAUCGGCACUGCACAAACGAAUGAGAGCAAUGAAUUGUGCUAUCUUGAUCCAAAAGUGAUGCACGCGAUGUCGAGAGACAGUCAUGAGGGUACCUCUGCUUUUUACAGCACAUCGAACGCAGUCCGUGCUCGUCAGCCUCCUCCACAAGACGUCAUUUUGUUUGUGAUUGGUGGUGGUAAUUACGUUGAAUACCAAAAUUUGGUUGAUUACGGGAAGUCGAAAAAUCUACAGCGUGUUACUUACGGCUGUACGGAACUAGUGAAUCCCAGGCAAUUUACGGAUCAGAUUACUAUUGCCCUGAUAAGGAAAAUGAUAUUUGAAAAUGUCUUCGAGGCCAGGGUUCAGUAA